GCCGGGGCGGGGCGCGAGCGGCAUGGAGGAGGCGGAGGCCGCGGAGGCCGCGGCGCGCGGGGCCGAACUGUGCGGGCCCGAGUGGGGCCCGGGGCCCCUGAGCCAUUCCUGAAGUCAUGGACUGGCCGGGACAGGGGUGACUCCCUAAUCCAGUAUGGAUGACUGGAAGCCCAGUCCCCUCAUCAAGCCCUUCGGGGCGAGGAAGAAACGGAGCUGGUAUCUUACGUGGAAGUAUAAACUGACAAACCAGCGGGCCCUGCGGAGAUUCUGUCAGACAGGGGCUGUGCUUUUCCUGCUGGUGACCGUCAUUGUCAACAUCAAGUUGAUCCUAGACACUCGAAGAGCAAUCAGUGAAGCCAAUGAAGACCCGGAACCAGAGCAAGACUAUGAUGAGGCCCUAGGACACUUGGAGUCCCCUCGGCGCAGAGGCAGCAGUCCCCGACGUGUGCUGGAUGUGGAAGUGUACUCAAGUAGAAGCAAAGUGUAUGUGGCAGUAGAUGGCACCACGGUGCUAGAGGAUGAGGCCCGAGAGCAGGGUCGAGGCAUCCACGUCAUUGUCCUCAACCAGGCCACGGGCCACGUGAUGGCAAAACGUGUAUUUGAUACGUACUCUCCUCAUGAGGAUGAAGCCAUGGUGCUGUUCCUCAACAUGGUGGCACCCGGCCGUGUGUUGAUCUGCACGGUUAAGGAUGAGGGCUCCUUCCACCUCAAAGAUACAGCAAAGGCUCUGCUGAGGAGCCUGGGAAGCCAGGCAGGCCCUGCCCUUGGAUGGAGGGACACUUGGGCCUUCGUGGGACGAAAAGGAGGUCCUGUACUUGGUGAGAAACAUUCUAAGUCUCCUGCCCUCUCCUCCUGGGGUGACCCGGUCCUGCUGAAGACAGAUGUGCCACUGAGCUCAGCUGAAGAGGCCGAGUGUCACUGGGCAGACACGGAGCUGAACCGCCGCCGCAGGCGCUUCUGCAGCAAAGUUGAGGGCUAUGGAAGUGUGUGCAGCUGCAAGGACCCGACACCUAUUGAGUUCAGCCCUGACCCACUUCCAGACAAUAAGGUCCUCAAUGUGCCUGUGGCUGUCAUCGCAGGGAACCGGCCCAAUUACCUGUACAGGAUGCUGCGCUCUCUGCUCUCAGCCCAAGGGGUAUCUCCGCAGAUGAUAACGGUCUUCAUUGAUGGCUACUAUGAGGAGCCGAUGGAUGUGGUGGCGCUGUUUGGUCUGAGGGGCAUCCAGCACACCCCUAUUAGCAUCAAGAAUGCCCGUGUGUCUCAGCACUACAAGGCCAGCCUCACUGCCACUUUCAACCUGUUUCCGGAGGCCAAGUUUGCCGUGGUUCUGGAAGAGGACCUGGACAUCGCUGUGGAUUUUUUCAGUUUCCUGAGCCAGUCCAUCCACCUGCUGGAGGAGGAUGACAGCCUGUACUGCAUCUCUGCUUGGAAUGACCAGGGGUAUGAACACACAGCUGAGGAUCCAGCACUACUGUACCGUGUGGAGACCAUGCCUGGGUUGGGAUGGGUGCUCAGGAAAUCUUUAUACAAGGAGGAGCUUGAGCCCAAGUGGCCCACACCAGAAAAGCUGUGGGACUGGGACAUGUGGAUGCGGAUGCCGGAACAGCGCCGGGGCCGAGAGUGCAUCAUCCCAGAUGUUUCCCGAUCCUAUCACUUUGGCAUCGUGGGCCUCAACAUGAAUGGCUACUUCCAUGAAGCCUACUUCAAGAAGCACAAGUUCAACACGGUUCCAGGUGUCCAGCUCAGGAAUGUAGACAGUCUGAAGAAAGAAGCUUAUGAAGUGGAAAUUCACAGGCUGCUCAGUGAAGCCGAGGUUUUGGACCACAGCAAGGACCCUUGUGAGGACUCCUUCCUGCCAGACACAGAGGGCCAUACCUAUGUGGCCUUUAUCCGAAUGGAAAAAGAUGAUGACUUCACCACCUGGACUCAGCUUGCCAAGUGCCUCCAUAUAUGGGACCUGGAUGUUCGUGGUAACCACCAGGGCCUGUGGAGAUUAUUUCGGAAGAAGAACCACUUUCUGGUGGUGGGGGUCCCAGCCUCCCCGUACUCAGUGAAGAAGCCACCACCAGUCACCCCUAUUUUCCUGGAGCCACCCCCAAAGGAAGAAGGAGCCCCAGGGGCCGCUGAACAAACAUGAAGCCUCCUCCAGGACCCUGCAGGGCUGGGUACUGUGUACCCCAGGCAGGCUAGCCCGUCACCCUAUCCUGUAGGAUUUUGUAGAUGCUGGUAGGGGUUAGGGCUGGUUUGUUUUUAACAUGAGAUUUAAUUACUAACUUUAGGGGAAGGAUCCCCUGCUCCAACACCCGUUCCUGAGGUUAAGGUCUAUUUAUUACUUCCUUGUUGGAGAAGGGCAGGAGAGUACCCAGGACCUCUUUGGGAUCCCUGGGGCAGCUGAUCCUGCCCUUUUUACACCCCGUCCUCCCAGGCCUGGCUCAGAAUCUAACCUAUUUAUUGACCGUCCUGAAGGCCUUGGGAAUAGGCCCAACCUGGGGCCUUUAUUCCUCUCUGGACCAGGACGCUGCCCUGAGGGUGGGACUGGCUCAUACUCAGGAAACUGCUGUGCCCAACUGAUGACAGGCCCAGCUGGGCCAUGUGCUGACAGACUCACUCAGAGACCCUUCGACACUGGACCAGGCCUCCUCUCAGCCUUCUUUUUGUCCAGAUUUCCAAAGCUGGAUAAAGGUGGUCAUUGAUUAAAAAAAGGAGAAAACCUCUA